AUGGACAUUGCUGCAUGUGAGAGAAACCUUACUGGAUGCCUUGAUAGUAUCGGUCUAAAAUUUUGUGAUGCUGACAAAGAUAUUUGUUUAGAACAUGGCCUAUGUAUUACAUCAAUUGUUCUUAGUUCCGUCUCAAGUUGUAUUUGUUAUCCAUGUUAUUAUGGUGAUACUUGUGAAAAGGAAAUAUUCUCAAGAAAUCUUUGGUUCUUAGGUCAACCAUCGCGAACACCAGAAAUGAUUUCUGCUACAAAAUUUCUUCUGCUUUUUUUCUGUAUUAUUCGAAUAUUCAAUUGUCUUCUCUGCCUACAAACAUAUUUCUCCAGUCAAAAAAUACGUAUUACAAAUAUUGGUGUCUAUCUAAUAUUUUAUUCAAUUAUUUCACUUUUAAUUUCACUUGAAGAAUUUGUUGCAGCAAUUCUACUAUGGUUCGUAAAACAGUUACCAGAAAGUUAUCUAUCGAUUGAAUGUUUAAUUAAUCAAAAAUUUGUACUAAUAUCAUUAAGUUACAUUUUGGGUUGGAGUAUAUGUUUUAUAGCAUUGGAGCGUAUGUUAGUUGAAUGCUUUAAUCAUAGUCUCUAUACUUCACGAAAACGUUCAAUUUUAAUCUCAACAUUAACUUUUAUUAUUUGUCCUUUAACAACAAUACCUGGUAUAUUUACUUUAAAACAGCUUCCAGUGGACAAACUUUAUCCUCAAACAAAGCAGCUUCUGAUAGCUUUCAAUUGUGUUAACUAUACAACACUUGGUUAUACUAUCUACAAAGUCAUUUCAAGUAUACACAUGUAUGGUACACUUGUCAGUUAUAUACUACUUUGUCUCGGUGUUUUUGUUCAUAUGCUUAGACAUCGCAAACGUAUUGCUCCGAGUUACACUACUCUACAAAAUAUUCGUCUCAUUUUACGUAAUCAUGGUGACUUUUUUAUACCACUCAUGCUGGCAAUAUUUUGUUCAAUUCCGAUGAUAGUUAUAGGUGAAAUGAUAACCUGUUCUAAAGCAUUGAAGCUCAAGUCACUACCCAAUCUGAUAUUGAUAUUCGGAAUUAUAUUAGGUCUUUUACCAACAUCAUUUUCCUUUUUCUUCUAUAUUUAUCCGGCCAAUGUCUAUAUGGUAGCUUUUUGGAAUAAUUCACCUGUUGGACGAUGUCUAAGGAAAUUGAAGCAGAAAAUAAUUCAAACUGGUCAAAAGUGUAAAAAUACUAGAUUAAUGCGAGCUAGAUGGUCACAUCAACCUCAAUUAGAGGUAGUUGGACCCGAAUAUGAAGCUGGAGAGGACAGAAAUUCAUAA